AUGGAGGAAGAAGAAGAACCGAUUCCGUGGGCGAAGCAACUUAAUCUUGAGCCUCACAGGGUUCAUGUCAUGCAGACAUCGCUGUUUCGCGUGCCAGAACUAUCAAAACCGGAAACAAAGGAUUCAUUCUCUUUUCUGAAACACCAGCGACCCUCCGAUGUGCACAAGGAACCACAAACGCGAAAUCGCACUUCGUUCGCACAGCCGCGCUCGAAACCACCUCCACGAAAAUACGCGCGCAUUUCAUUGUCAGAAUCUGUCAGUGCUAAACGAGAGAACAUGUUUCUCGAUGCGGGUUUAAGCAUGGGUCGCUCAUUUCGGGUAGGAUGGGGUCCAGGUAACAAGCUAGUACAUGUAGGGCAGUUAAGUUCUGGGGCUUCGUCAUCAAAGCUCGGGAACUCUUCUGAAGUCGGUCUCACGACUCUUCGAGUUGCACAGACAAGUUCCCCGGAUUUGCUGCAGCACCUCCUUUCUCAUUCAGAGAUUGUGGCUCCUUCAGUUGAAAACGGCAACACUCCGUACGCAACACUAAGGGCCGCUGUCUCAUUCUCCUCCUUCUCGUCUCUUUUCACCGCCCAAGACAAGUCGCAUUGUGCUUCCGUUUUUCGAUUAGGCCAUGCGCUCUUCGAUCCUCUCGAUUUGCAUUUGCAGGAAGACGCUCCUGCCGAUGUACGAAAUCGUAUCUCAGCGCUUCGUCGAGUAGACGCCUUGUCUGCGUGGCUGUCCAGAACAGUAUCAUCAUCGGUUGAACAAGACAUCAAGGCUGUCGCAUCUAAUGAUUCUGCUCAAGUGGCCUUCUUGUAUUUAACUGGGAAUCAAGUCGAAAAAGCUGUCGAAGCUCUAAUGAACGGAGGAAAUGUUAGACUCGCUACAAUUAUAUCCCAAAUACCCGGAGAUGCUGAGUUCCGCGAAGAUAUCCUCGAACAACUACAAAUCUGGAAAGAGGAAAAGGAGGACGCGUUCAUGCGUAAUUCGAUUCGCAAACUAUAUGCGCUAGCUGCAGGAGAAGUCGAUGUAUUAGAAGGGAGCAGCUGGAGAGAGAAUAUUGACGUUCCAAAAGAUCUUGAUUGGUUACGGGUUCUCGGGUUGCAGCUCUGGUACUCGAGCUCAUUAAAUACGCCGCUACGAGAAACCUUCGGGGUUUAUGAACAAAUUGUUCAGGCGGCCCAUGGGAGGGUGGGAUUCCCAAAACCGUUUUAUUCCACAUCAACCUCUGGCGCAUCCGAAGCGAAGGACGGGCUCUUCAACCUCAUGAAACUAUCGGUAUCUUCUUCAAUGACCCUAGAAUCCGCUCUUGACCCAGUGAGCUUUUCUUCCAACCCGCGUGAUUUCCGGAUGUCAUGGUUCUUGUAUAUUCUUCUCGCACGCUGCCUUCGGGUUCGCGAUUUCACGGACCGCCAGCUAUAUGAUGCGAUGGAGGAUGACACGAUUACUACACAGGAACUUGAGGGGUACAGUCAGGUGGCAAACGCCCUGACGACGAACUUUGCCGCACAGUUGCAACAAGAGGGUCUUGUUCAAGAAGCAGCAUAUGUGCUUUUAUUCCUAGAAGAUGACGUUGGUCGUAAACGCGCAAUUAAGGAGCUGUUAGCUCAAUCAGCCCCUUUAUUAAAUGAGUACACGACACAGGGGCUGCAUGGUAGUUUACGAAUACCGAUGGAGUGGAUUGAUGAGGCAAAGGCUACUCAUGCGUUCUAUUCGGGUGACGUAUAUGGAGCAUAUGAGCUUUAUAGAGAUGCGAUGGCGCACCGCGCUGCUCACGAACUUGCAAUUACUUACUUGGCUCCGGAAGCAGUAUUGAGAGAUGAGCUUGGUGUCCUCAAACGUCUCUUUGCUUCACUUGAUGCGAGUCUCAUAGACGAUUUUGGAGUCGGGGGUCAGCUAUUCAUUGACUAUGCUCGUAUCGUCUCACGGGUUCCCAAGCUAAAGAGUAACUCAUUGGCGGCGGACGCAGUGCCUGACGUGGCUGAACAAUCCGAACUGGAGGCGCUGACUGGUCGAAUACCACAGCUCAUCGGAGUAUUGCCGGAUGUUCUCCAUGACAAACCUGGUACGGAUGAUCAAUGCAAAGCGGCCUUGUCGCACAUGCUUUCCAGGCUACUGGAAUGCGUCGAUCCGAGUUCACCGGUGCGUUUAUCUCCGUUUGAGUUGGUAGCAUCAAACGCGUGUUUGAUACUCAUCAAUAUAUCAGAUGAAGGUCGAGAUUCAACCAGGGUUGGUUGA